CGCUCUGAGUGCGUGUGCGUGUGUGUGUGUGAAUGUGUGUGUUUGCUGCUGGGAGCGAGUCGAGCAGCGGAGGACACUUUCCCCUCUUCAUCUCUUUCACUCCAACAUGCUCACUGCUUCGGCUGCGGACUGGCUCUAGACCACACGGUGAAGCAACACAACUCCAUGAGUUUGAUUUGGCCUGUCGAUGUCGAGCAGCUCCAGAGUUAGAGACGCAGCCCAGAGACCCGUGGUGAGCUCGUUGCGCCGCUCUUAGUUCCCAUCAUCCUCUUCCUCCUCCUCUUCCUCUCGCGGCUCGUGGGAACCGGCUCCGCCAUGUUUCCUUCCUCCUUCCUCCUCCUCUUCCUCGCUGUCCUGCUUCCUGCCUGCCAGCCGGAGUCGCAGCGCGUCGACCCGAGCGUCGAGCCGGACCCGCGGACGGCGCUGCCCUCGUCGGCCGCCGCCUCGCUGGCGCCGUCGCUGCCGUACGGGAACAGCUCCGCCUCUGGCGGUCCGGAUAAGUGCAACAAGCAGACGGUUUGCACCGAGGGCAUCCUGCUGCCGGUGUGGAAGCCCCAGCAGCCGGGCCUCGGGUACCAGGUGGCCCGCGCCGUCGUCUACUUCGUCUCCCUGAUGUACAUGUUCCUGGGAGUGUCCAUCAUCGCAGACCGCUUCAUGGCGUCCAUCGAGGUCAUCACCUCUCAGGAGAAGGAGGUGACCAUCACCAUGCCCAACGGGGAAACGUCCGUGGCGACGGUUCGCAUCUGGAACGAAACCGUCUCCAACCUGACGCUCAUGGCUCUGGGCUCCAGCGCUCCGGAGAUCCUGCUGUCGGUGAUCGAGGUGUGCGGUCACAACUUCGAGGCCGGCCAGCUGGGACCGGGGACCAUCGUCGGCAGCGCCGCCUUCAACAUGUUCGUGAUCAUCGGGAUCUGCGUGUGGGUCAUCCCCAACGGCCAGUCACGCAAAAUCAAACACCUCAGGGUGUUCUUCAUCACCGCCUUCUGGAGCAUCUUCGCCUACAUCUGGCUCUACCUCAUCCUGGCUGUCAUGUCGCCGAGCGUCGUGGAGGUCUGGGAAGCUCUGGUGACGCUGCUCUUCUUCCCCGUCUGUGUCCUCCUGGCUUGGAUCGCCGAUCGCCGUCUGCUCUUCUACAAAUACAUGGGCAAGCGUUACCGUGCCGACAAGCGCCACGGCAUCGUCGUGGAAACCGAAGGGGACCUGACCCCCACCAAAGGCGGCAUGGAGAUGAUCACUGACGGCAAGCUGCCGCAGGGAAGCGCCGUGGUUCCUGCUGAGAACGGCGGGGACGGAGCGGCGGGCGCCACGGCGAACAACAUAGGCGCGGCGGCAGUCGCCAGGGGCAACCUGCCCAACUCCAACAGCGCCACGGUGAACGUGGAGAGCGGCAGGGAGCUGGACGAGAGCCGCAAGGAGGUGAUUCGCAUCCUGAAGGAGCUGAAGCAGAAAUAUCCCGACAAAGAGCUGGACCAGCUGGUGGAGCUGGCCAAUUACUACGCGCUGCUGCACCAGCAGAAGAGCCGCGCCUUCUACCGCAUACAGGCGACCCGGAUGAUGAUCGGAGCCGGAAACGUCCUGAAGAGGCACGCCGCCGACAACGCGCGGCGCGUGGUGGUGGCCGACGAAGAGGAGGCUGAGGAAGACGACCUGGCCGUCUGCAGCCACAUCUCCUUCGAGACGUCCCACAGUCAGUGCAUGGAGAACUGCGGCGUUCUCACGCUGGCCGUGGUCUGCCAAGGCGGUUUGGAGGAGAACACUUUCUACGUGGAUUACAGAACCGAAGACGGUUCAGCCAACGCCGGGUCCGACUACGACUACAGCGAGGGAACGCUGGUGUUCAAACCCGGAGACACUCGGAAAGAGAUCAAGGUCGGCAUCAUCGACGACGACAUUUUCGAAGAAGACGAACACUUCUUCGUCCGAUUGCUCAACCUGAGAGUCGGCGACGCCGAGGGGAUGUUCGAAAGCGACGAGGCGGGCAGCGCGCCCAAAGCCCGGCUGGUCGAGCCCCUGGUCGCCACGGUGACCAUCCUGGACGACGACCACGCCGGCAUCUUCACGUUCGGCGAGCGCCUGGUGCGCGUGAGCGAGAGCGUGGGCACCAUGGAGGUGACGGUGGUGCGAAACUCGGGCGCCAGAGGCACCGUGGUUCUGCCGUACCACACCGAGUCGGGCAGCGCCAUGGCGGGGGAGGACUACGAGGAGGCGCGCGGGGAGCUGGAGUUCACCAACGACCAAACCACUCAGACCCUCCAGGUGAGGAUAAUCGAUGAUGAAGAGUAUGAAAAACAUGAAAACUUCUUCAUCGUUCUGGAGGAGCCGCGCUGGCUGAAGAGAGGAAUCUCAGCUCUGCUGCUUAAUCAAGAGGCGGCGGAGGGGCAGCUGAGCGCCGAGGAGGAGGAGGCCCGGCGGAUCGCUGAGAUGGGGAAGCCCAUCCUGGGGGAGCACAGCCGCCUGGAGGUCGUCAUCGAGGAGUCCUACGAGUUCAAGAGCACCGUGGACAAGCUGAUCAAGAAGACCAACCUGGCGCUGGUCAUCGGCACUCACUCCUGGAGGGAGCAGUUUGUGGAGGCGGUCACCGUCAGCGCAGGUGAUGGAGACGAUGAGGAGGAGGGGCGAGAGGAGCGGCUCCCGUCCUGCUACGACUACGUCAUGCACUUCCUCACCGUCUUCUGGAAGGUUCUGUUCGCCUGCGUCCCGCCCACAGAGUACUGGAACGGCUGGGCCUGCUUCGUCGUGUCCAUCAGCGUCAUCGGAUUCCUCACCGCCAUCAUCGGCGACCUGGCGUCGCACUUCGGCUGCACCGUGGGGCUGCAGGACUCCGUGACCGCCGUGGUGUUCGUGGCUCUGGGAACCUCCAUCCCAGACACCUUCGCCAGCAAAGUGGCCGCCAUCCAGGACCAGCAUGCCGACGCGUCUGUGGGCAACGUCACCGGCAGCAACGCCGUCAAUGUCUUCCUGGGGAUCGGCGUGGCGUGGUCGGUGGCCGCCAUCUACUGGGCCAUCAAGGGGAAGCAGUUCAAGGUGGACCCGGGUUCGCUGGCCUUCUCCGUCACACUCUUCACCAUCUUCGCGUUCAUCUGCAUGGCGGUGCUGCUGUUCCGGCGCCGGCCCUCCAUCGGCGGCGAGCUGGGCGGCCCCAGGGCGUCGCGCCUGCUCACCACCAUGCUCUUCCUCGGCCUCUGGCUGCUCUACAUCUUCUUCUCCAGCCUGGAGGCCUACUGCCACAUCAAGGGCUUCUAGUUUCAGGAGAGCGCAGAGGCCGGUCUAACGCGACUCGACGACAGACACGUGUUCAUAUGUAAACAGAUAAUUGGAGGAGAAACUGAGCAGGUAUUAAAGUGAGCUGGGCUGUGACGUCAUGCCGGGUUCACUGCUGGUCUAAAAGAUGAAACAUAUUCCCUCCCGUCUGCAGCGACUUUCAUGUUUUUACGCCGAGGAGGUGGAGAAAAAACGAGUCAAAUGUUUACAAAACGCUAAAAUCACACGUUUACUACAGCAGGCCCUCCACGUGCGCUGUAAAUAGACCGGACGCUGAAAACGUUUCAGAGGAGGAAAAAUAGUCCCAAAAUGUGAUUAAUUAGCAGGGAAAUGAGUUUAGACGUGUCUCUUUAGCGCCUAGUCUCUGUCGGAGGACGGUUUUGCAUGCACAAGACACAACCAACUUGUUAAAAGGGAAAUACCCAGAAUCCACCUGUGAUUCUGAGCCGUCUGCUCAGUUAGCAUGCAUGCUAACGGACUCAUCCACUGCUGCAGCAGUAGGACGACACAACAGUAUUAGUUUACAGAAAAUCUGCCAUUUAGAAACUCAUUCCAGCCAUCAACACGUUCACGUUGAUGCUCGCAUGGCAAAGAUGCCUUAAGGGAAAAAAACUCACAUAAAUGUGGUUUUCAGGCUUUAGCUGUACAAACCGCCCCGGCUGUCUCUAACAGUGUUAAACUUUAGUUCUGUGCAAUAUUUAAAGCUGGUUCUGCUAUAAUGUAACACUGGAUCCAGUAGAAAUAGACGUUUGGAGAAGGAGAAGCAGGAAGUACCAGUUGAAAUGUUAUUAUUGUUGUUCAGUAUUUUAACUCUGAAGCUACUGAAACUACCGGCAGCUAAACAGACUGCGAGGAACAAAACCCUGAACCGCGCCAAAAAAAAAGGAAAUAAAAAACCCUCCUCAGAUUAAAAUUAAACUGACAUUUCAGGGUUUUUAACUUCCAAGGUGAAGGAAGAUGCAGAGAAACAACAGGAGUCAUUAUGAGGUCAGAGUUGCGUUCAGUAGCAGCUUGAGUCAAUGAGAAAUCAGUAAAAAUCCUUUUUUAUUUUGUAGCUCUUACAUACUGUAAACGUCACCCUAAGACUGCUCAACACGUCAACACUGUUACGAUAUCAUGGCAGAUUUGAGUCGUUUACCCACAAUAACACUUUGUAAACUUUCUAAAAGGGAUUUUGUAUCUUUUCCUUGCAGGUGAAGCCAAGGUAGACUUUUUUUAUAUUUCCAGGCGACGUUCAGAUUAGCAUCGGCAUGAAGAGCCGAUGACGUCAUUCGACAUGUCAGUGGAUUAGGUUUUGAUUUGUUUUCCACGCUCCUGAGCCGAUCCAACGGUGAAAGAUAUCCAAACCUUGCAACAUUUAAACAGUCUGCUGCCCUAUAUGGAAGGCUGAAACUGCCAAAAUUAGGAAAAAAAUGCAAUUUGAUAAAUGUAAAUAAUUCAUAAAUAGAAAAUAUGUCAAAAAUAUUAAAAGUAGCAGUGGGACUGGAUUGAGAUGUUUAAUCAAGUUAAUUACAAGAUCUGUAACUAAUUAACCAUAUUUUAAUCUAAAACUAUAUAUUGACAAAUUAAGCAACAUUUUGCUACAUUAUUGAAUAAAAUGACAUAUAUGACCAAAAUAAAAGUUCUGA